GUUUAGUUAAAUGAGCAAAAAAUCUGAUGAUAUUGUCAAUUAUUUGCUUAACGUUCGCCAGUGUAGUUUAACCUUUUUAUUAAUGAAAUCGCAGUGCUCUGAAAUAUGCCAACAAAACCAACUCUCGACAAGCUGAGUUGGCAGUGGGCAGAAACUACAGAUCCUGAGAAUGUCAGCCAGGAAAAUAUUCGAACAGCUUAUAGACUUAACCUUCCUGUGUGCAAGCUUGGUGUGUGUAAGAGGCACUGCAAAGGAAAUCCAUUCUGUAUCAAUUGCAUCGGUGAAAAAGUAUGGUUUGGGAAGAUAGAUGACAGUUCCUGGCAUGACAUCCAGGACCCGACUGAUGAAAGGCGAAGACCGGGCAUGUCUGUGGGCCUGAAGAACCUGGGGGCAACCUGCUAUGUGAACACCUUCCUACAGCUCUGGUUUCAGAAUGAAAACAUCAGGAAAGGUGUGUAUGAGUGGCGUGAGAUGGGAGCUGACCUUGGGGAUCCUGACAGCUGGGAACCAACCUCUGUCUGCAGUCAUCUUCAGGUGAUAUUUGGUCUUCUGGAGAUGUCUUACCGGCGGUAUGUUGACCCCAGUGAGUUCAUCAAGCAUCUGGGUCUGGAUGCCGGUCAACAGCAGGAUGCCCAGGAGUUCUCCAAGCUGUUCCUCUCUGUCCUGGAACAGAACCUGGCUGAGGGUGCAAGCCUUCACUCCAGUAACAUUGUCAAGGAGCAGCUGUGUGGGAAAUAUGCAUAUGUCACACGCUGCAGUAAAUGUGGCAUGGCUUCAGAGAGGUUGUCAGAGUUUUAUGAGCUGGAUUUGAACAUUCAGGGGCAUAAGACACUGAAUGAGGCUAUGAAAGGGUUCCUUGAAGAAGAAAAGCUUGAAGGCGAUAACCAGUACAUGUGCAGUAUGUGCAACUGCAAACAAGAUGCAAGUCGGGCAAUAGAGCUAAAGAAACUUCCACCUGUGUUGAACCUGCAACUGCUACGAUUUGUUUUUGAUAUCAAAACUGGUUCUAAAAAGAAGCUAAACAGCUGUAUUCAGUUUCCUGAUGUGUUGGACAUGUCUGAGUUUAUGCCUCCAGGUGUCGCAGCUAUGUAUGAACUCAAUGCUGUGCUCAUCCACAGAGGGCCAUCCGCGUACAGUGGACACUAUGUGGCCCACAUAAAAAGCAAGGAUAGCCAGGCUUGGUACAAGUUCAAUGAUGAAGAAGUUGAGAAAAUCAAAGGGAAAAGUCUGCAACUGGGCAGUGAAGAGGACUUGGAAACAAAGAAACAAAAAUCUGUGAAAGCAAUUAAGGGUCAUCAUGCUUCUAAAAAUGCUUACAUGUUGGUGUACACAUUGCGGUCAAAUGAAUCCAAGAUAGAUAUGGAUAUUUGUGAUUCUACAUCAGAUACAGUAGCAUAUGAAAAUGGACAACCCAUGCUAACAAAUGAAAAUGUUAACAACUGUUGUUCUAAUCCUUCAAAUUCUGUCAUGGAAAGAAACAAUAUUCAUGAUAAUUGCUCACCUUCCACUUCAUAUUCCAGCCAACCUACAGCGCAAAAUGAAAUCCGAAAGGCAGAAGCUAUGAGCUAUAGUGAGGGGAAAGGAAAGAAAAUUAAGGAUGGAAAUGGUAUAGACAAGUCCAGUGUCAUGGCAGCAAAACUGCUUCCUGCCAAUGUUGUUAAAUAUAUAGAAAAGGACAAUGCAAAGUUCGAAAAUUGGAUUCUUGAAAUGGAUGGUAUGCGAGAGGAAAACAUAGCUAAGGGCCAAGAGAAGCAGGAGACUGUUAAAGCAAUAUACCAGGAUCUAGCAUAUGUGAAAGAGGAUGGCAAUAAAUACGAAUGGCUUCCAAUGAGCUGGUUUGGAAAAUGGCUGAACGAUCCAGCUACAGCGCCAGAGAUUGAUGUCACAAAGCUGUGUUGUGCCCAUCAGAAGGCUUCACCAGAAAUGUGCCUCAAGAUGAAGUGUGUCUCACAGAGAGGGGCAGACCACUUGUUCAGUAUCUAUGGUGGGAGUGUCAGGCUGCAGGGGGAUGAAUCCUUGUGUGAGAUAUGUGUGAAGAACCGGUGUAAUUUGAUACGAACAAAGAUCAGAAUCAAUGAGGAUGAUAAGUUUAUAUCUUCGUUAAUGAAGAAGGGCUUUCCAGAGGAACAUAAAUUGUAUUGGAUUGGUAAACGGUCCUAUAGGAGCUGGAAAAGGUUGGCAGUUGAACAGCUUAAUGCUGCAGAACAGAAACAUGCAGAGAUGAACUCAGCAGCUCUGACGGAUGAGGAAAAUGAUUCAAAUGACAAUGUAAAGAAUGAAAUCAUAGAAUCCAAUGACCAUCAGAAUGAGGAACAGUUGUGCAUUCAGUCGGACUCUGUUGAAAACAAUAUAAGAAAUAUGUGUGAAAUUUCGGCUUCCGACCAGUCAAUACAUGCUACAGAAAACAGUUCCACUGAGAACAAUAAAAGAAGUCCAAAAUUCAAUCCAACAAAAAGUAAAAGUGCCCCAUCUGUAUCAAACACUGACUAUUGUUCAAAACAAAGUGAAAAUAAUGAUCAUGAUGAUUGUGUGCAGUUUAAUGAAGAUCUUCUUUGUGAUGUGCACAGCGGUCUUGACCCGGACCCCACUUGUCGAAAACUGGUACCAGAGUGUGUGUGGAGUAAACUGAAGAGAUACUUCCCUGACUGCCCAGAGUUUGAACUAGAAUGUGGAACAUGUGAAAAGUGUAUGGCCAACAUUGUUGCUGAAAACAAGUACAGAGAUGAAAACAAACACCUUGCAUCUGUUCAGAAAGCUUGCCUUGUGGACUUGUUUUAUGAUCGUAAGAGGCCAGCAAACAUAAAUCCUAAUGAGAGUGUGUAUAUUGUGAGUGGCGAGUUUAUUGACAACUGGAGAAAAUUCAUCAAGGACCCCGUGAAGAAUGAUCCUCUACCAACAGUAGUAAACUCCAUACUUCUAUGCAAGCAUGGUGGAUUUCUGUAUCCACCUGACGAGAUACAAGGACUGAAAUCUGAUUCCAAGGUUGUGUAUGUUACUGCAGAUGAAUGGCAGAUAAUGAAAGACUUGUUCACUGUUGACUGUGAAAUCACAAAAGUUUGUAUGAUGGAAAAUGACUCUAAAACCAUUGAAACUUUUCCCAAAGUAUGUGAUGACUGCCUACAAAUGAGACUUUGUAAUGAAGAAGGAGAGUUGUAUGAGUAUGAGAGAGGGAUGUUGUAUAUCAGGAAACAGCUGAAGCAAGAUAUGAAAGGUGUGUCAAACAUGCUGGAAAACAACGACUCCAGCACCGAUGAUCCAGAGUUCGGAGAGAAAGUUGCUUCUGCCACAAACAAGAAAAGGGGAAGCACAGGUCUUACAGAGAGUUAUGAGCCCCCAGAGAAAUGCUCAAAGACCAACAACAACUCACGCAUGGUCAGAAAGAGUCAGAGACAUAGGAAAAUGAGAGGAGAAAAAGAAGUCACUAUUUCAUCCAAAGACACAUUGAAAGAUUUAAAGUUAGAGAUAAUGAGACUGUUUUCUGUGCCACCAUUUGACCAGAACUUGUUUAUCAAUGGAAGGCUUCUAGAGGACAAUACAAAAAGCCUGUUUGACCUCAGAGUUGCCUCUGGCUCUGUUGUUGACCUCAUAGCUGACGAACCAAAUGAAGAGAUGACAUUUCUCGAAGAUUUUACAAAGGAGACAACAACUCCAGAGUCUGGAUUCAAAGGAACCAAUCUGCUGAAGACUUAAUGUAACUGUGUUGUUUAAUUUAGUGUCAAUUAAGUGUCUAUUUAUUUGUGAGUGUUUGAAACAAAACUUUUACAUGGUUGUGCUACAUCUAAGUGCUAUUAUUUUUGUGGUAUUUUGCAGGAACCUACACCAUUUUCAUAAAGCAUACAUUUUGAACACUUGAUGCAAUGCUUGCAGGAUGUUUCUCAGAUUUAUACCUUAAUCACAUCUUGACAUUCAUCAUACAAUACAAAUGUAGCAGGUUCACAUGUAGAAGGUUCACAUGUAGCAGGUUCACAAUGUCAUUUAAAAUAAAAGCCUGAAUAAGA